AUGAAUCCCUAUGUCAACUGCUCCAGCCCCGAGUUCUCCCUGCCCCAGCGAGACUUUCCCAUGGAGCCCAUCAGCCCUCAUCUCUGCAACAGAACUCACCCAGACACCUUGUUCGACCCCAAGGAUGCCAACCUGACGGAAGAGCAGCUGCGGGAUAAGUACCUGGGACCUCGACGGUCCAGCUUCUUUGUCCCUGUCUGUGUCAUCUACCUCCUGAUCUUUGUGGUGGGUGCUGUAGGCAACGCUCUCACCUGCAUCGUCAUCCUUCGGCACCGGUUUAUGAGGACACCCACCAACUACUACCUGUUCAGUCUGGCUGUCUCUGACCUGCUGGUGCUCCUGCUGGGGAUGCCACUGGAGCUGUAUGACAUGUGGAGCAACUACCCCUUCCUGCUGGGUGCCAGUGGCUGCUAUUUCAAGACGCUGCUCUUUGAGGCUGUCUGCUUCGCCUCCAUCCUCAACAUCACGGCCCUGAGUGUGGAGCGCUACAUUGCUGUGGUACACCCACUCAAGGCCAAGUACAUGGUGACCAGGAAUCGUGCCAAGAGGGUCAUCGCCACCAUCUGGGUCUUGUCGGUUGUCUGCUCCAUCCCCAACACCAGCCUCCAUGGGCUGCAGCCUCUCUACGUGCCUGGCAGAGGGCAGGUGCCUGAUUCGGAGAUCUGUACCCUGGUGAAGCCGCGCUUGACCUACAACCUUAUCAUCCAGAUCACCACCAUCAUCUUCUUUUUCCUGCCCAUGGGGACCAUCAGUGUCCUCUACCUGCUCAUUGGCCUGCAGCUCAAGAAAGAAAAGAUGCUGGAAGCCUUGGGAGCCAAGCCGGGCAGCGGACGCGACUGCCACAAUGCCCGAGGGCAGAAGAAAGUCAAGAGGAGGCAGGUCACAAAGAUGCUGUUCGUGCUGGUGGUGGUAUUUGGGAUCUGCUGGGCCCCCUUCCACACCGACCGCCUCGUCUGGAGCUUUGUCUCCACCUGGACCAGCCACAUGCUCCACAUGUUCCAGUAUGUCCACAUCAUCUCGGGUGUCUUCUUCUACCUAAGCUCAGCCACCAACCCCAUCCUCUACAACCUGAUGUCCACUCGCUUCCGGGAGAUGUUCAAGGAGGUGAUGUGCCACCAUGGCCACCGCCUGCCACAGUCACGGAAAUACUCACCCAGCGUCACCCGUGCCACCACCCGCAGCACUGAGUGCGAGCCCAUGCCCAGCACCAAUGGGCUGCCCCUCUCCGAUGCCGAGGAGUACGAGCUGGAGGAGGUGGAGGGGGGCCAGGCCACCAUGCAUGCAACGUCCCUCUGCUGAUGAGCAGGAAGACAUGGUGCGACUGGGACCAGCUUUCCCCACCACCAGCAUCCAUCUGACCGUGGCAACCCAUCCUCUGGUGGGGAGCAGGGCAGGAGCGAUGGAGGGGUCCCUGCCUCUCUGUGCUGUCACACUGGGAUGUGAAGGCUGAUUUUCUCAGCAGCACUGCUCUGGGGACACAGCAGUGGUGGCCAUGCUGUGCCCUGGAUGCAUUGCACCUGCUGCACUCAGCGCCAGGGCUGGCCAAGGCCAGGGCAUCCUUUAUGGUGCGGGGAGGGCUGGCUUCUAUAUCAUGGAUAUGCCAGUAAUGCCCCAAAACAUCCCAUCCCUGCCGGCACAGUGGGGUGCAUCUGCAGGUACAGGUGUCAGGGGUGUCUGGCACCCUGGGUUGUUUAACAACACCGUGCUGAAUGGGGAGAGGUGCUCGCACCUGGACUUAGACCCACAGGGGCGGGAGAGGUUUGCACGAGAUGGAGUAUGGAAAGAAAGGUCUGUGGGUAACGUCUCUCUCGAGACCUCCCCAGGGCCCUCUGGCACCGAUGUGUCCCUGAUUUUCUUGCACACCCCUUCAGUGGUGCCAGUCAGUGUCUGGCUGCAGGGUGCCAGUACAGCUUCUUGCUCCCAGCCUUCCUCCCACCCCAGCACCCCAAGAGCAAGGGAAGGAGCACGACAACUGCUUCCAGAGCUGGAGCCUGCAGGGGGAAAUACAGGACAAUGGGAUGCCCAGGCUGCCGACAGUGCCGAGGCACAGUUCUGCGCAUUCCCCAUGCCCCACAGAUGCGCCCCACUCUCCUCCCUCCAAUGUGCAUCUGGCAGGUGCCACCCUCCUCUUCUUCAGCCUGCCGUGACCCCCUGCACCCCCAGGAAAUGCAGGGGGUCCUCCUCCAUCCCUGCCCUGCACAGAGAAUUAAAAAACGCCAUUGGCCUGAUUUGUGCCCUGGUUGUGUCCUCCAGGACCCAGCUCUGCUCCCAGCAUAGGACUGAACACAGGCUGUCCUCCUAGGGGGUGACAGGCAGGCCAUGUGCCACAGUGAUGGGCGCCAGGGGUGUCCCACCAGCUCUGCCUGUAGGUUCUGCUGUUGUGACGAGUCUGUGGGGCUGGGUGGGCUCAGGGCAUGACACAGCAGAGAAGGUGUGAGUGGGAUGUAUGCACCCUUCCCUGUGUCCCGGAUGCUAGGGCCCAGCUAGGGCUGGGGCCAUUGCUGAGGGGGAGCUGCCUCCGGAGCAGUGGCGAUCAAUCUGUCCCCAGACACACAGCUCAGGAAAUGUCAUGAAAAUGCCAGGGAUUGUGGGCUGGCUGGUUGUGCUCCCCCGGGCUGGAAGGGCCCAUCGAUUUACUGUCCGAGAUCAAUGCCGCUGACUUCCUGGCAUACGCCAGGUCCUCCUGCAGGAUGAAAUAUUGAGGCUCUGAA